AUGGGAGAGAUCGGUCUCAUACCCUCACUCCUUGCGGCAGCCUGCCUGGAAACCUUUUUCUACGGCAUCUUCUUCACUCUCGCCACGGUUUCUUUCUAUCUCUUGUACCGACGACAGAAAGGUUUGGGAACAUGGGAAGGCGGAGGGCGAAGCCAGUCGAACUCCAGACUUCGAAAGUCACUCAGAUUCUUCUCGGUCGCCGUUGUACUUAUCUUCCUCUCCAACACUGUCCAAUGGGUGCUAGUUCUCGCGCGGCUGUUUGAAGCCUUCGUAUACUACAAAGACGGCGAUGCACCAUUGGAAUUUUACGCCGAUCUGUCGAAGGCAACGGAAGUUGUGCGAACUGGCGCACUAAUAUUUACAGUCAUAGCCAGUGAUGCAAUGAUUAUAUACCGCCUUUGGAUCGUGUGGGAAUUUAACAAACAAGUUGUCAUAUUUCCGCUCUGCACACUUGUUGGCUUAAUCGUCUGCGGUGUCGGUACCGUGUACCAGAUGACGACAUUCCGUCUCGGCGAAGAAAUCUGGGUCUCCGCUCUGGGUCGCUGGUUGACUGGUAAUGCGGUGUUCACGCUUUGCAUCAAUGUGUAUAGCACAACUAUGAUCGCAUGGCGCAUUUGGAGAAUAAAUGCAGCUAUCUUGGGCCAUAGACACGGCAGUCUGAUGUCUGUCAUGGCUAUGAUUAUCGAAAGCGCUGCACUCUAUACGCUAUGGGCUACCUUCUUCCUGGCCACUUACGAGGCUGGAACCAACUUGCAAUUCGUGGCCAACGAGACAUUGGGUUUCGUCGCUGGCAUAGCCUUCAUGCUCAUCAACGUACGCGUUGGCAUGGGAUGGGCUCAGAACGAAACGGUCACAAUUUCAGAAUUUGUAGCUGCUCCAGGCACAUCAGCUAUUGGUGAUCAACCAUUCAUGAUGAGGCCUUUGGCCGUCAAUAUCUCGUCCACUGUACACAACGAUCACGAGUCUGAUGAUGUUCAUGUCAAGUAUUUUUCUGACAGAUCUUCCACCCUCGUGUCGGGUGCUUGA